AUGCCCUUCUGGAACCUCUCCCUGUUCGUUGGCUCAUCGAGCCGAGGUUCUCCGGAAACCGAUCCAUAUAUAAGUGUAAGUACUGCCAUUUUAUACUCAUGUUGCACUCCUGGUUUCUGGAUAACCUUCGUCCUUUUGAUAUCAGCUUGCAUGUUAUCCAGUCAACUCUCAAACUUGGAGACCAUGUUCCACAACAUCGUUGACGAGAACAACCAACAUCAUCAGCUGCUCUACCAGCAACGUAGGAACUUCAACGGAGACGGUGGGGACGAAGGCGUGGAGGAGGGAGAGGCGGAUGGCUUGGCCGUUGAUGACAACUGUAAACAAAGAGAAAGUAGCAUGGCAGUCAUCAGGGAGCUGUCGACGAUGCACUACCACCUACUGACCCAGGUUGUUGUAACAUUCAGUGCUCUGUUCAUGUUUAUCGUGCUCGUGCAACUUUUUAUUUUCAUCAGACGUUUCAUCGAGAUUCAUUCAAUUUCAGAUCAACAAGAUAUUAAAAGUCCUGCAAAUCACUACAACAUCUAA